AAGAAGAUAUGGAAGAGUUGAUAACAUAUGAAAACACCACUGAUAUGUUCAAAAUUAUCGUUGGUGUUGGAAUUGCAAAUGAAAGUGACGUUCGCGCCGUAGUUUCAGAUCCGCCAUGUGAAAAUGCAAUAUUUGCUUCAACGUGGAAAAACUUGAAUGAAACGUAUCGUGAAGUCGCAUCUCAGCUGUGUUAUGCAAGAAAUGAUGAAUAUCAGGCUUGGGGCAUUGUUGCUGUUGACGAAGGAGGUUUACGCAGUGAGCCUAGCAAUAUUGUAUCAAACAUUAUUCACAACCAUCGGAGAUUGGUUGAUUGUCCUCCAGAGCCAGAAUUACCUCAACCUAGCGUUGCAGGAAUCGAUGUUACAGUCGUAACCAUUGCAAUUACAAUACCUCUUGCUGCCAUUCUUGGUAUCGUUGGCGCAGUUAUAUGCUUUGGUCAAGUGAAAAAAUACAGAAAAAAGAAGAGAGAAAAAAAGGAGAGAAAGGAACGUGAAGCGGAAGAAGCGGCUGCAGAAGCAAAAAGAGCCGAAGCAAUCAAAAAUGCAGGGAUCCGUGGGAACGUUCGCGCCAACAUGGUCGGUUUGUUACAAAAUGUUCGGCGAAAUUCAAACCUGAAGCUGAAGAUCAACAAAACAGCACCAGUGACGCAGCCACCAGUUUAAAUUACACUCAUGAAGACUUUACUUAUAGACAAGUCAAAAGGUGUCACACCGCCCCACAUUAAGUGCAAACAUGCGACUUCCGCUCCACACUAACUAUA